CUUCCUUCCUCUAAUCGUCAACCUCUCGCACUCUGAUCACUUCACAUUCUUCAACACAAACUCCAUCUCGUUCAAUUCUCAUCACUCAUCUUCUUCUGAACCUCAGAUUAAUUACCAUGCACCAGAAAGAUGAGUAUGGCAGAAUGAUAGCAGCACAUACGUUGGCGGCCUCCAACAUCGGAGUCAUGGGCGCCGCCGCAGCGCUCUACAACUACUACCGCCGCCGGCGAAACUCAAACCAGCAGCAUUAUUCAUCAAGAGAUGAUCAAAAUAAUACCAUCCCCCCGCGCUUAGACAGAACAGAGUCCGGCCGCGCCGGAAAAUUCGAACGCUUCUCACAUUAUGUCGCAAGGCAGAUGGGAUUUGAAGAUCCGAAUAAGGAGUGUCCCCAUUUGUGCAAGUUAGCAAAUGAUUAUUUGAGAAAAUCAAAAGGGUGGGAAGAUUGCAUACACGAGUUGUUUGGUAAAGAUGAGGGAGAUGCAGAUUUGGUAUGCGUGAAGCUGGUGGAGGAAUUGGACAGAUGCAUCCUUUCCUACUUCGCAUUUCACUGGACGCAUGCUUCUCUCCUCAUUUCCCAGGUUCUGAGUGUUGAUUCUGAGCGGAAGACAAAACUCAAGGAUUUGGUGAUGGCAGCUACAAGGGUUUUUAUUUGGUUGAGACAUGCGUACGUAAAAUAUAGGAAGCAGAGAUUUGAGAAAGCAAGCAAAGAGUUGAGAGUGAAGAGGGUGAUAUCGACGCUAGUGGAAGAGAUGAAAGCCAUCGGCAACAUGGCAUCAUCAAACGGAGAUCAUUCAAAAUGUACGGAGGUGAUGGCGCCGGUGGCCCACAGUGAGAGAAGUCCGGUGCUACUCCUCAUGGGCGGUGGAAUGGGCGCCGGCAAGAGCACCGUCCUCAAAGACAUCCUCAAAGAAUCAUUCUGGUCUGGGGCGGCUGCCAAGGCCGUGGUGGUAGAGGCUGAUGCUUUCAAAGAGAACGACGUCAUUUACAGAGCCCUUAGCUCCAAGGGUCAUCACCAAGACAUGCUCCAAACUGCUGAAUUGGUGCACCAAUCCUCCACAGAUGCAGCAUCGUCAUUGCUGGUAACUGCGUUGAAUGAAGGGAGGGAUGUGAUCAUGGAUGGCACUCUGUCGUGGGAGCCAUUUGUAGAGCAAACCAUAGCCAUGGCCCGCAAUGUUCAUAGGCGUCGCUACCGCAUGGGUGCUGGCUACAAGCUCUCCCCUGACGAUGGAACUCUCACCGAGAAUUACUGGGAGCAACUCACAGAGGAAGAAGACACGCCUCAAGUCAAAAAACCCUAUAGAAUUGAGCUAGUUGGAGUUGUGUGCGAUGCUUAUCUCGCUGUUGCUAGAGGCAUCAGGAGAGCUAUAAUGGUGGGAAGGGCUGUGAGGGUGAACUCACAACUGAAAUCCCACAAGAGAUUUGCCGACGCAUUUCCUAGGUACUGCCAACUUGUUGACAAUGCUAGGCUUUAUUGCACCAACGCCGUCGCCGGACCUCCCACGUUGAUAGCAUGGAAAGACGGGGAGAACAGUCUGCUGGUUGACCCAGAAGAAAUCAAGUGCUUGAAAAUGGUGAGCAGCUUGAACGAGGAUGCCGAGUCCAUAUACGAGCUUUAUGGGCACCCGAACCCGAUUUUCCAGCCCGGGUCGGUCUGGAAAGACGUCGUUUUGUCGGACACAAGGCCAACCCUCCAACUGGAGCUGAAGACUUGCAUUCAGAAAAUCGAGAACUCGCUGGCAGAAAAGCCCAUUUAGGAUCUAGUCACCAAUGGGCCGAGACCCUUUCACAGCCCAAUACACCAUGAAUGUAAAUGAGUCGGUUUGGUGUGAUACGAAAUGGGCAGUUCACAGCUUUUUCAUGUUUGUCUGGGCUCGGCCCAAUGGCUUUAAUCAGAUUACUGCACAAAUGGGCCACCAACGCUAAAUCGUCCAAACGAUUCAAUUCAAAAUUUCAAAUGGUUCGGUUCAAA